AUGUUCCCUACUCGUUCUAUUAAUGAUGAGAUUACUAAGAAUAUUGAUGCCAGUUCGGUUUCUUCUACCGAUAAUAUUUUAAAUUUUCAAAAGUCGUUUAAUCGACGACCUGGAUUUAUUGAUACACCUUACAGAGAAACUUACGCUACAACCCCGUUCUCACAUGAUAUUGAGAAAUUGAUGGUGGCACCACAAAAAUCAAACAGAAAAAUUAAUCCACAACCAUAUCAAAUGCUUGCUUUCUGCAAUGAUUUAACACUCAAGGAUGAUUUUUAUUUGAACAUUGUUGAUUGGUCCUCGUUUGAUACGUUAAGUUUGGGGCUAGAUUGUAGCGUUUAUUUAUGGAAUACCGGAACCUCAAAGAUGACGAAAUUAUGUGAUUUGGGAUUUCCAUAUACUAUCUCAUCAGUCAAAUGGUUUCCUCAGAACUUUCAACUUGCUGUUGGAACGACAGAAGGAAAAGUUCAAAUUUGGGACGCGCAAAAACUUAUGAAAGUUCGUGACUUUGACGGACACAGAUCACGUGUCGGAACUCUUGAGUGGAAUAAAAAUAUUUUAAGUACUGGUAGUGGAGAUCGUAUUAUUUACCAUAGGGAUCAAAGGAGUCCUGAUGACUACAUUCAAGCUUUCACCGGACAUAAAUCCGAGGUUUGCGGAUUGAAAUGGAAUUUAGAAGGAGAUCAAUUAGCAAGUGGAGGUAAUGCUAACGAGCUAUUUUUGUGGGAAGGCAUGAACCCCACUUCAGUUCGAAAACUAGAAGGUCACAAAGCUGCAAUUCGUGCUAUUUCAUGGAGUCCUCAUGCUCGUAACUUAUUGGCUAGUGGGGGUGGCCAUUUAGAUCGUCAGAUACGUUUCUGGAAUACAGUUGAUGGAAGGACUUUGGCGUGUUAUAAUGCCAAGUCUCAGGUUUGUAACUUACAAUGGUCGUCAACGGUGAAUGAAAUAGUUUCAACACACGGGUGGUGGAAAAAUGAUGUUAUGAUUUGGAAAUAUCCAUCAAUGCAAAAAAUUGCUACGUUAAAAGGCCAUACUUAUCGUGUUCUUUAUUUUUCAAUUUCACCAAAUGGAGAAGACAUAGUAACUGGAGCUGGUGGUGACGAUAAUACUUUAAGAUUCUGGAAGAUUUUUAAUACUCCAAGUAAGAACAAAAAGACAGAAAACAAAUGUUCAUGGAAACUCGAUGGUCUUAUUCGUUAG